AUGUUCUCCAAUCAUUUGGGAAGUGGGGGAGGGGCUGAUGACCUGAAUUUUAUCAACACAUUGACCAACUGUAGUAGUUUAACACAUUUGGUAGUUCAAGACAAUCGGUUUGGUGGUGAGCUCCCCAUCUCCAUAGCAAACUUAUUGACCCAACUGACAAAGCUCAGUCUGUCAAGCAAUCAAAUAUCUGGAAACAUCCCAAUGGGGAUCGGAAACCUUGUAAGCUUACAAGGCUUGGGCCUAUCCGAUAACUUACUAGAAGGAAGUAUUCCGACUUCAAUUGGGAGACUUCAAAUGCUACAAAUAUUCUACUUAGAUGGAAACAGAUUCACGGGACCAAUCCCUUCUUCUCUUGGAAACUUGACACGCUUGAUUGAACUCGAUUUAGGGGAUAAUCGCUUGCAAGGAAAAAUACCUUCAAGUCUUGGAAAAUGCAAAUAUUUGUCAUGGUUGAGUCUUUCAGGUAAUAGUCUCAAUGGUAUCAUCCCCAGAGAGAUAUUUAAGCUUCCCACAUUAUUCCUACUAAACUUGAGUAGAAAUUCUUUUCUUGGUUCUCUACUUGUGGAAGUGGGUCGUCUCACCAAUCUUGAAAUUCUAGAUGUUUCUAAGAACAAAUUAUCAGGAGAAAUCCCUAGCACCCUUGGUGCUUGUACAGGCCUAGAGCAACUUUUUAUGGAGGGUAACUUGUUUCAAGGAUCUAUUCCAUCGUCUCUGAGUUCUCUAAGAGGUCUUCAAGAUUUAGAUCUUUCACACAACAACUUCUCUGGCUUUAUCCCUAAAUAUUUGGGUAUAUUUAAGUUUUUACAAAACUUAAAUUUAUCAUCUAAUCAUUUGGAGGGUGAGGUACCAACAGAUGGAGUCUUUAAAAAUUUGAGUGCAGUUUCAGUCAUUGGAAACAAUAAGCUUUGCGGAGGCAUACCAGAACUUUAUUUGCCAGCAUGCCAUACUCAAAAAUCAAAAGAAUACGGUAGGUCUCAUGUUUUCAAGCUGAUUGUCAUCAUAUGUGGUUGUGGGGGCUCUCUAUGUUUGAUAUUUAUGAUAUUUUUUUUCAUUAUGUACCGGAGAAGAAAAGAAAGGAAAGAAACCACUUUAUCUUUGAUAGAGGGUCGUCAUUUUAAGAUCUCUUAUGCCCAACUCCUUAGAGCUACCGAUGGAUUUUCGUCUACAAAUUUGAUAGGAAUGGGAAGUUUUGGUUCUGUGUACAAAGGAGUUCUCAAUCAUGGGGAAACUAUUGUUGCAGUAAAGGUCCUCAACAUCAGACAAAGAGGUGCUUCUAAGAGUUUCAUGGUUGAAUGUGAAUCCCUGAGAAACAUCCGGCAUCGUAAUCUUGUAAAAAUCUUAACAUCUUGCUCAAGUAUAGAUUUUGAAGGCAAUGAUUUUAAGGCUUUAGUAUAUGAGUUCAUGUCCGGUGGGAAUUUGGAGAGGUGGUUGCAUCCACAUGCAAAUGGCAUAGAAGAUGAACAAAGACAUUUAAACCUUGUUCAAAGAUUGAAUAUUGCCUUCGAUAUGGCAACAGCAUUGGAUUAUCUUCACCACCGUUGUCAUAUGCAGAUUAUUCAUUGUGAUCUAAAGCCAAGCAAUAUUCUUCUCGAUGGUGACUUGACUGCAUAUUUUGGUGAUUUUGGGAUAUCAAGAAUUCUUUCAAAAGCCACAAGUAGAUCUCAAAAUCACACAAGCUCAAUCGGAAUAAAGGGAUCUAUUGGCUACAUUGCGCCAGAGUAUGGUGCAGGUGCUGAUGUUUCAACGCAUGGUGAUGUCUACAGUUAUGGGAUUCUCUUGUUAGAGAUGUUCACAGGAAAGUGGCCUACUCAUGAAAUGUUCAAAGAUAACUUUAAUCUUCACUGCUGGGGUGAGAUGGCUUUGCAUGAUGGAGUGAUGGUUGUCGUCGACCCAUCACUUCUCUCCAUGGAAGAAGAUGGAGAAGGGGAAGAAACAACUAUAACAAACAUCACUGGAAGUCAAAGAUGCAAGAAGGAUAGAGUGCAAGAGUGCCUUAAUUCAAUUAUUAGAAUUGGAGUUGCUUGCUCAGCAGAAUCACCAUGGGAUCGAAUGGACAUAAACGAUGUGGUCAAAGAGCUACAUCUCAUUAGAGACAUUUAUCUUGGAGUUGGCACUCACCGAGGAAGAUGAACUAUUAUAAGGGCUAUGAACAAUG